AUGGCCAGUGAUAUAACGCCCGCCGCUCAGUCGUCUUCUUUGGGUGCCGAUUGCUCUUUCGUCGAUAAGGCUGGUAAAUUUCACAACUCGGCGCUGAGAACCAUUACCAAGAACCCAGUCAUUGUGAACGUCUUGUACCGCGCCGCCAGCCCCUCCAGAUUCUUCAGCAUCGUGGGCGGUAUGGUCGAGUGCCUCCCCUCGAACCUGAGGCCAACCAUGCACGAGGCCAUCCGUGAACAGAAAGAUGCGAACAAGAAAUUCCAAUGUUACGAGCAGAAUCCAUCCGACGAGCGAAGCGAGCACCACGGGCUGUCUUCCACAAGCCCCUACCCUAACCUUUUUGCCCCCAUCGAGAUUACUGCCUCCAGGCUCCCGGCUGUUGAGAUCGUGCGUCAAGUCCACCAAUUUGAAGGCGACGAUGACAACGACGGCAACGAUGGCAAUGACGGCAACGAUGGCAACGAUGGCGACGACAUGGAUCAUGAGCUAGAGACUUUUGAGGAGCGCAAGUCGCAGGAGAACCUCGUAAGCCUUGACGAGCCCCAGGUUGCUGAGGAACCGACUGGGAUCGUCGAUGAGUCCGAGAACACUGAGGAGCCAGCCAAGACCAUUAAGGAGCCCAAGGCUUCUGAGUCCAAGGCCCUUGAUGAGCCUAUGGAUCUUGAUGAGCUCGGGGUUCUUGAUGAGCACAACCUCAUUGAGGAGCCCAAGGGUGCCGAGGAGCCCACUCACAUCAUUGAGGAGAUUCUUCAGAACCCAGAGAUUCCAGAAAUUCUUCAGAAUCCAGAGGGUAUCGAGGAGGCACGGCCGAGCCGCAUGCGAGCUGUGUGGACCUGGGUCGAACAUGUGUGCGAUAAGGUUGACAUUGACAACGGCCGACCUCACAAAGCCGCACGACAAAAUGAGUGCGUCGUCGAUCGCAACAGCGGCUCCGGCUCCUCCAUCCAAGUGUCUCGAGGUGCUCGAACUGCCCUGCAGUCAACCGGGCCCCAACCGCCUUCGACCCGAAGUCUCGAUGCCGGUGCGAACCCAACCGCGUCGACUGCACAUGUGAACAAUCAAGAGGAGGUAAUUUCCGUUGCCAUCCAUCAAAACAUCAAUGAAGAGGCGGAACAGCUUGAGGAGGGAGAGAUCCUGGACAGUCGAAAUGAGGACCACUCAGGACAGGAGCCAGUCAAGGGAAGCGCCGACCAGCGCACUGCUCUGCUGCUUCCGGAGCCGAUGCGAGACUUUAUGAAGUACGCAAUCGAGAAGCAGCCCGAAGAAAACUGCAUCCGCUGCGGGUGA